ACAAUCAUCAUCUUGUACACAUAUCCUAUAUUGAGACCUUCCCUGUAAGCAAAUAUGCUUGCUAUUAAGAGGACAAAAUCUGAAUCCUCCAAUUGUUCUCCCAACAUACUCCCUUGUCGGAUCAAUCACAAUGGCUCACUGAACGCGUCUUCGCGCUUCUGGGCGCCAAAGACUGAAGAUGAUGAAAAAAUGUCUGCCUAUUUCAGAGGGCGAAAGUUGGUUGGUAGAGCGCUCAAAGUACCAGAAGGUUACGAGGGCAUUGUCGCCGCAAGCAAAGGAGAGCGGCUUCCUCACAAUCACGGAAUUGAGCCGAGAAGAACAUCCGUCGGAAUCAUGCUUGAUGAAGGGGUGGACGAGGAAGGAGAAGAAGACAUUCCUCCAACUAAAAUCCUUGAGCAGCAAGCUUCAUUUGAUGAAUUGAUCAUUUGGGGGCAUGAAGCAGAGCCUGAUGAGGGUAGCGAUGCGUACUUGAAAGGGAUUCAGGAAUGGAUCCAAUUUUCGGAAGCAAUGCAUUCACAUCCCACAAACGCGCACUCACAGAAAAAGGAUUAAAUAAACAGUGAAGCAUUUCAAGUGGAGUUUGUAUGCAUUAAAGGCGUUGGGCAUCGGGAGUAAAAGGAUAUACUUGAAAGUACAUGACGUUCAUCUUUGGUAUUCUUCUAUACUUUCAGUCUCAUCUUGCUAUUAUUUUCAUUUCCUGGAUAUGCUACUUCGCUGAAGUUUAUCCCAUUCAUGUUGCUCUUUGAGAAAUGCUUUCUUCUUCUCUUGAUAUCCAUCAUGGCUAAGGCACCUGUUCCAGUACCCUCGAAAAAGGUCAGAUACGGCGAGUUUCUCGGCUGCGUCAGGAUGUUGGCUGG